AUGACGAAAAAGAAAGAACGUGUGGAACCAACCAUUUCUGAUGAGGAACGACUUGAUGCUGUCAAAUUACUCGCUCAGCAAAUUAACAACAUUUCAGAUGCCUCCAUAAUUGUAUUGACAGGUGCCGGAUUGUCAACUUCAUGUGGCAUUCCAGAUUUUAGAACUCCAGGUAAAGGACUCUUUGUAAAUGGCUCACUCGAUAAGUACGAAGUCAAAGAUCCAACAUCAAUAUUCGAAAUUGGUUAUUUCAAAGAAAAUCCAAUUCCAUUUUUUGAAAGAAUGAAGAAUUUCAUUGCCACCGAAUACAAACCAUCGAAAACUCAUUUCUUUAUCAAGCUAUUGCAAGAUAAGAACAAGUUAAUGAGAUUGUACACACAAAAUAUUGAUGGAUUGGAGAGAAAAAGUGGAGUUUCAGAUGAAUUGUUGGUGCAUUGUCAUGGAAAAUUGCACACCUCUCAUUGCAUGCAUUGUAAAAAACAAUUUACUUUACAAUAUUUGAGAGAUCAAAUGACAAGUGAAAGUGAGGAAGAAGUUCAAAUUCCCAAAUGCAAUGUUUGUGGAAAUAUUGUAAAAACUGAUGUAGUUCUGUACGGAGAAGAUUUACCAGACAAAUUUGGAGAAUGUGUUUUUCAAGAUUUGAAAAAACACAAAAAUUGUAAACUAUUCAUUGUCAUUGGAACUAGUUUACAAGUUUAUCCAGUGGCCCUCCUUCCAGAAUAUGCACCUCAUGGAACGAUGAGAGUUUUAAUCAAUAGAGAUCGAUGUGGAGGAUUUUACAAUAUUCAAUCAGCUAUUAGAGAAUGUGAUGUGAAGAAUAAUCAUUUGGAUUUAUAUUUGGGAGGAGCUGAUCAGACCAUUGAUGGAUGUGUGGAAUUGUUAGUGAGAGAAUUGGGAUGGGAAGAUGAAUUGAAAGAAUUGAUGGAAAAUUCCACUUUGGUUGACUUGAAUAAUUUGUAA